AUGAAGAACACCCAUUUGCCUGACGAACCCAAAGAAUCAAUCUCUCCGAGAUCCUCUCCCCGGAAACAAAACAAGGAUGACAGCAAGAUAUGUUUACCAGAGAGCAGUACGAGUCACCGGAAUAUUCAAGAGCAGCCGGAGACGUCGACGGUGUUGUCUGGACGUGAGAGACUGAAGAGACACAGAGAAGAAGUUGCCGGAAAUGUUCCCAUACCGGAGAGUUGGGGCAAAGAAGGAUUGCUUAUGGGAUGGAUGGAUUUCUCUACCUUCGACGCUGCUUUCACUUCUAGCCAGAUUGUCUCUGCUCGAGCUGCGUUAAUGGCUGAUGCCAGUGACGAUGUCGGAGCUAGAGGAAGUCGGUCUCAACGGCUCCGUGUUGAGAGCUCUUGUUGA